GAAGAAAGACUGAAAUCUGAAUAUGGACUAGUGGCAUAAGUAUUUAAGCCGAAUUUGAACCGAUUAAGAUGUAUAUAUUUACAUACUAGUACCACCCCUCGGCGAAUAGCUUCGUCGUGUUACAAGCUUCUUACUUUUCUUGCUCUAUCACAUCCACCUUCGUCACCGCUUCUCAUCUUCUUGACCUUAUGGUUUUUAACGCAUGUCGAUCGUGGUCUUACCUAAUUGCUGAUGUAAUACUUAGUUUCGGACUCACUGUAGCCUGCUCUCCGACUUUGCUCCGACUGGACACUACCUCAAAACAUAUUGUUUCUUGUCAACAUAAACACUGAGUCUCUCGCUAACGUACGUUCAUUCAAAUUCCCGUCGUCUUCUGGUUAACAAUUGUGGAAGGUAAAUAUACUCCCUUCACAUGAUCACUGGUCUGCGGCAUACAUGGAAGCUCUGAUCAAUUUUUCGUGAGUGUUUUUGAAUUCUGCUGGGAGUGCAAUGCGCGUGAGAGGAAGCACUUCCCCUGCAGAUUGUCAUAGCUGGCUACAACGUUUCCACAAUCUGUAUCCAAAAAAGCUCUCUUUCCUGGUCCAUGCGAGAUAUCUGAUGGCGCCAUUAUUCUACUCCUCUCGACUGAGUGUCGCGGGGUCGGUAUCUCAUAGCAUUGCUAUACUCUGCACCGUCUUCAGGCUUGUUUACAGAGGCUGGACUAGUCAUUUCUGGUGGGAAGAUGCAUGGGCGGCAUGCGCACUAAUUGCAGACGUUGCCUGCCUGGCAUGUAUCUGGAUUGACGCCAGGAUAAGUUCCUGGAUCCUCGCAGUGGCAUUCACUUCUGUCAUGUGGGCUGCGCGGAUGAGCGUCAUUUUCUCUAUUAUCCGCAUCGUCAACCACUCAGGCUACAAGAUCCACAAACAUAUCGCCUAUCUCAUCGCAGCCUCCUUCGCAUGCAUGUGGGCUGCGCUAGUCGCGCAGAAGAUCAGCUUAUGUCAAUUCCACGCAUGUCAGAUGGCCAGUUCGGUGGCGCUCUCACAUCUUAUUACGGAUAUCAUCGCUGAUUUCUCCCUCGUUGCUGCGCCAUUGUAUAUCUGGAAAAACUUAAAGUUUCCACGUCGCAGCAAAAUAUUGAUUCUUUCCGCAUUCUGUGCAUCCCUUCUAAUCACCGCCAUCACAAUCCCCCACUCCAUAGUCCUCUUCAAGACCCAGACACUCACGCCGCUCAUCUUGGCGCACGUCAAGGCCGCUCUCAGUCUUGUCGUCUGCAACCUCCUGGUGAUUGUUACCUUCACAUACCGCGUAUGCUGGAAGGAAACAUUCGAUCUCGACCAGUCAUUGACUUCCCAUGGAGUCCUUACGAGUGUCAUCAUGAUGCAGAUUCCCAGUAGCACGAACGCCGGGACAUCACUCUCUGUACAAGAGGGGACAGCCUCAAGACAGACAAUGACGGUGCAGAAUGGGAAGUCGAAGAUAGAAGACAUACGUUGAAAGAUGGCGAGUAAUCAAUAAUGAGGGAACUUGCGAACGUGUGCGUCCUCAUCUUACAAAAUGUACUAACCUGUCGUACCAGUUGUACUCGU